AUGAAGCGCUCACGCGAGCCUGAAGAGUCGCCGAGUCCGUCGACGCCUGGCAGCGAUGACCUAGAGCCUCCGACGCCAGACGAGAGAGCGCUUCCACAGGGCAACCACAACAACAAGAUCGCCGAGCUCGAUCUUUCUGAUUCCGAAACCGCCUCCUCGCCAGCAAUGAGGUGCUUCCUGCACAAGGACGCUCUCUUCUUCGGCUCCUACGACGAGUAUGAGUCCCACUACAGCAAGGCUCACCUGAACAAGUGCCUCGAGUGCAGAAAGAACUUUCCUUCCGCCCAUCUGCUGGCCGUGCACAUCGAAGAAUGCCACGAUGCAUUUGCAGCGGUGAGGCGAGAGAAGGGGGAGCAUACCUAUACAUGCUUCGUGGAGGGGUGUGACAGGAAAUGCGCCACACCGGACAAACGGCGGCGCCAUUUGAUUGACAAGCACCUGUAUCCAAAGAAUUUCUUCUUUGCUGUCACACGAGACGGCAUCGAUGGAAGGCAGUCAUUGCUGCAAGAUGGUAGAUAUGGGCACAGGCGGAAGUCGUCGGGCCGGCACACAAGUAUCAAGGACGAACAGAGAAGGGCAAGCAUUGCAGAGUCAUCAUCGUCUGCAGAAGGAAAACCAAAGGCGGCACCAGCAGCGGACAAGCUCGAGUCUGGAGAGACAAGGGCGAAGGCAACCGAGGAUCCGCGCGAAGUCCCGGAUGUUGAUAUGGAUGAUCUGACUGGAGCCAUGUCGGCUCUCAAAUUCGUGCCCCCAAGCAUCCGGUUUGGACGCGGCGGCAGAGCUGGCUUCUCGCGCCGCUAA